AUGAUCAAUCCACUCUUUCAAGCCAAACCAAGACUGUUGAAUGCACUCGGUUUGGUUCAGUACAGAUUACCCCAUGCACCGACCCAUUGCAUAUUCACUACAUCUACAAUACUUCCAACCAACCAUUUUUACCGACCACUCAUCACUCCAUCGCAGACUGCCCUUUCCCAGUCAAAAAACAUUCUUUUGGCUCUCUACACUCUUCGCCAACCCAUUAUCGAGAUUACUUUAUGGCUAACGGUCAUCUCUAUGGCAUGGGGACUCCGACAAACCAAAAAGGAUAUGAUUAAUACGACGGAAAAGUUUGAUGCCUGUAAAAAGUCGCUUGUUCAAGAGAAUCAUGAACUUCGAAAUAGAAUUGAAUUGAUUACUAGCGGCGACAAAACUUCACUUGGUGGAUCAUCUAAUCAGUUUACCGAGUUGGAUGAUGAAGGCUUGAGCAAACCUAAAUUUGGGUUGUAUUAG